AUGUCUGAUAGCGAGGAUAGUACAUCCAUAGGUGCUACAGGAGAACAAGUAAUUGAUGAUCUUUCUGAAGAAGAACACCAUCACGAUCCAACCUCCCUUGAUACGUCGACCGUGGACGAUAACAUCAUGCAAGAUGAUGAUGAGGAAUCAGAACCCGAAGUCUUGAAAACCACUCGUAAUACACGUACCACACGAGGGUCAUCACGGACGAAUUACAAAGAACCCAGUUCAGAUGAAGAAGAGAACGACAAUCAAGACAACGAUGAAGAGGACGAAGAAAUCAUUUCUACCAUCACACCUGUACGUUCUCGAAGGUCAAGAGCUGAACCCAAGAAUUAUAAUGUUGACGACGCUUUCAAACAAUUAGAACAAAUGGAUGACAUGGAAGAAGAAGAAGAGGAAAUACCGAAGAGAACACGAAGAAUCAGAAGAAAUCCUUUAUCAUCAACAACAACACCAGCUUCGUCCGGCACAACAGGCCGAGUAAUGCGGAGAGAAUCCAACAACACCAACAAAUCUGCAGGAAUUGGCGCUGGAGAUUAUGAGCUUCCUAAGCGAGGUCUCAGAGAAAGAUCCAAGAAGGUCAACUAUGCAGAGAACGACGAAGAUGAGGAAGAAGAACAAACCAUCAACAAUGACAACGACACCAUCACUACGACAUCCCGAGAAGAAACCUCCGAAGAGCGAAUGGUUGACGACGAGGAGGAAGAAGAGGCAGAAACCAUUGUUCCCGUCAAGAGUAAAAGAACUGUUUCACGUGCAACACGCGGAAGAGGAAAUUCAACAAACAACACGACCAAGACACGAGCUCGCACAGCACGAGCCAAAAAGCCAGCACAAAAACCUAGAAAGAGAGUGGUCGACUCGGAUGAAGAGGAAGAACUCGAUGACAAUGCUACCAGCAGCGAAAGCGAAUCCGAUAAUGACAGUUCCUCGGAAGACAACAACGAUGAAGAAAUUGAGAACGAGAUUGAUGAAGGACCAACCAUUGUAUUAGAUGAAGACAAGGAUGAUGAAAUUGAGGCCAUUCUUGCAUGCCGAGAACGAAAGCAAGAAGAAGAAGGUUUAGAAGAUGACGACGAGAAUGCAUCCAAUGAACAGAAUGGAGCGUCAUCAUCAUCCGAUGGAAAGAAAGCAUCCAACAAAGGAGAAGUUAUUAUUGAAUACUUGUGUAAAUAUAAGAAAAAGUCCUACUUACAUUGUGAGUGGAUUCCUAGGUCGGAAUUGGAUGAGGAUAUUCAAACCAGGAACAAACUCAACCGAUUCCACAAACAAUACGACGUCAAAUACUUUGAAGGAUUGGAAGAAUAUUUCAAUCCCGAAUUUGCCGAAGUUGAACGCAUCAUCGAUAGAGGUAUUUGGGAUGGUUCCGAGGUGUAUCUAGUCAAGUGGAAGGGCCUCUCAUAUGCCGAAUCAACAUGGGAGUUUGAAGAAAAGGUUGAAGAUAAGGAUAAAAUUGAACAGUACAAGAGAUUUAACAAGAUACCGCCUGUGAAUGAACGAAGAAUUCCAGCCAGACCAGCCCCAAAUAAGUUCAAAAAGAUGGAAGAGUCACCAACAUUCAAAGAUGGCAAUCAACUCAGAGAGUAUCAGUUGGAAGGUUUGAAUUGGCUCGUUUUUUGUUGGUAUCAACGAAGAAAUACUAUUCUUGCAGACGAAAUGGGUCUCGGUAAAACCGUACAAACAGUUGCCACUCUCGAAUACUUGCGUUCGUAUGAAAAUAUCAGAGGUCCUUUCUUGAUUAUUGCUCCAUUGUCUACAGUUGAGCAUUGGAGAAGAGAAUUCGAAAAUUGGACGGACAUGAAUGUAGUUGUCUUCCAUGGUAAUGUUGACGCAAGAAAUAUGAUCAAGAAUCAUGAAUUCUUUUAUAAGGAUCCAAAGACUGGAAAACAUGUUCAUCAAAAACUUUACAAAUUCAAUGCACUAAUCACCACCUAUGAAAUGGUCAUGACUGAAUCAUCCUUCCUUUCCAAGAUACCUUGGCAAUACCUUGUGGUUGAUGAGGGUCAUCGUCUCAAGAAUCGCAACUCUAAACUCACCCAAGUUUUAAAAACAUUCUCGGCAGGUCACAAAUUACUGCUCACAGGUACUCCCAUUCAGAACAACUUGACCGAGUUGUUUUCUCUCCUCCAAUUUCUUGAUCCCGAUACAUUUUAUGAUUUGGACGAGUUUACUGAAAUGUAUGGAGACUUGCAAGGUGAAGGUGGCUCAGAACGAGUAGAAGAGCUACACAAAUUAAUCUCACCCUACAUUUUGAGAAGAUUAAAAGAAGAUGUCGAAAAGAGUAUUCCUCCCAAGGAAGAAAUUGUGGUCGAAGUUGUUCCAACCUCCAUUCAAAAAGCAUAUGAGCAAGCAAUUUUCAAGAGAAACAGAGAGUUCUUGAUGAGAGGAGUCAGUAAGGCUCAAAACAUUCCAAAGCUUACCAAUAUUUUGAUGGAAUUGAGAAAGGUUUGCAACCAUCCAUUCCUAAUUAGCGGUGCCGAAGAGAAUAUCACUCGAGGAAUGUCCGACACAGAAAUUAAUGAAGCUCUCAUCAAAUCAUGCAGUAAAAUGAUUUUAGUGGACAAACUGCUCAAGAAGCUCAGAGAAGGAGGUCACAAGGUUCUUAUUUUCAGUCAAAUGGUACUCGUAUUGAACAUUUUAGAGGAUUACUUGAGGUACAGAGGAUACACCUAUGUGAGAUUGGAUGGUACUAUUAAGGGCUCUGUUCGUCAACAAGCCAUUGAUCGAUUCAAUGACCCCAAUGUUGAUACUUUUGUGUUUUUAGUUUCCACCAAAGCUGGAGGUGUUGGUAUUAACUUGACCUCGGCAGAUACAGUCAUUAUUUAUGACAGUGAUUGGAAUCCUCAAAAUGAUCUUCAGGCACAAGCCAGAUGUCACCGUAUUGGUCAAACAAAGGAAGUCAAAGUGUACCGAUUGCUCACCAAGAACACUAAAGAGAAGGAAAUCUUUGAGAGAGCCUCCAUGAAGUUAGGUCUGGAUCGUGCCGUUCUCUCCUCGAAUAAUGAGUUUGUGCAAUCAUCUUCAAAGAGUAGCACACAAAACAAACCAGCCCUUGAAAAGGAGGAAUUGGAACUGUUGCUCAGACAUGGCGCUUACUCUGCUUUCAAAAUUGAUGACACUGAGGAACAGAAAAUGUUGAUGGAUGAAGAUAUUGAUACUAUCAUGGCUCGAACAGCUACUGUCGUGCGAUAUGAUCAAGCAUCCCAAGGUGAUGGUGAAAAUGGCGGUGCUCUUUCUAGCUUCUCUAAAGCGACAUUCUGCUUCUCUGAAGAUUUGCAAUGGGAGAACUUGUUACCUCGUGAGAAAACUGCCACUGGUCUAAUGAAGUUGCUGAGUGAAGACUCUUCACUCGAGACAGAAAAACAAAAGGAAGAUUACAUGAACGAUGUGAAAGCUUUGGUCGAUGCUAAAAUGAACGAAAUUGAGAAAUUCCGCUACCAACCUGACGAGGAGCUUGCAACUCUUCUCACUCAAAUGAUGUAUGCAAGACUCUUGGAUGCUGAACAUAAAGAGAAAGCAAAGGAAUGGUUAGCAAUUUUGGAACAGCCAAGACUGAGAAAUGGUUCAUCCAGAGACGAAGCCACUGAAGUAUCUGAUACUGAAGAUACCAAAGAAUCAACCUCCAAGAAAAAGACUGGCGGAUGGUACAAGGCCGAAAGACAACGAUUCCAAAAGACACUUUUGGAAAUUGGUUGGGGCAAAUGGGCCAGAAUUCGUGAAAGCAAACUCCACAAUCACUCAAUUGAGGACAUUCAUUCUCUCGGUGAAUGUUUUAUAUCACAACUUGCCACUCUGAUUGAGGGUGAAAAGGAAGUUGAGUUUUUGAAAAUGCUAAUUGACUCGGCUGCUGUUCCAGAGGAAGCAUCAGAGAAUACUGAUCAAUCACUCAAGGUUGAUCUCAAGUCCAAACCUGUCCGUGCAGCUGAUCAUAUCAAGAUUCAUUUACCUCAUGAUGAGGAUUUAUCUACAGCAAGCCUCGAAAUUAUCAAAGUUGCACAACAGAAAGCAAGAGUUUCCAAGAAAAAGAAGACCAAAUCUCAAGCUAGCUCAUCCAAGAGUUCAACAAAGAGCGAGAAAAACAUGUGUGUACGUUUCUAUGAGCUCACUGAAAAGGAUAAGGAAAAACGUGUGUGCGAAUUAGCUGCACCUGGUUGCAGUGGUGAAUAUUUUGUGAGAUUGAAUCUUGCAACUGGUUCAAAAACUAGCCCUAACUUUGAUGUGAGCGGUAUUCAUCCAGUUCUCGAGGACAAGGAAUGGGUCGAACAAGCCAAGAGAGGAGGUAAAACUUGGGUCAAAAAAUUGAAAUUUAACUUGUGCUUGACCAAGAUUUUGGAAGCCUAUAAUGGUAAAAUUACCACUGAUAAUAUUCCAAAGGUAAAUUUGAAACCUCCAACAGAUUGGUGGGAUAAAGAGUGUGACAGGGAUUUGAUGCUUGGAUUUGAAAUUCAUGGCUAUGGACGAUUGGAACAAAUCAAAGAAGAUACCUCUCUUUGCUUUAAACAAAAGCAUGAUGAUCAUGUUGCAAAAGCAAAGAGUAGAAAGGAGAAGAAAGAUGCAGACUCUUGGCCAUCCAUUGCAGCAAUCAACAAGAGAGCCAACAAGCUCAUGGAACUUCUCACGAAGGAGAAGGAUAUUUCAGCACUCUCCAUCCUCAAAUCUGGAGAUGAUACUGAUGAGUUGCAUUUCGAGGAUGAAACUGAAAUUAGUGAACCCAAGUCAAUUGUAGAGUCAUGGAGCAAGAGAGAGAAGGCAGAUAUUCAACGUGUAUUGAUGAAUCACGGUUUAUGUCCCAAUGAAAGCACGCACGAGCCAAACUUUGCCAAAAUCAUCUCGUUGGCCAAUCUGAGAAAAACAGAGAGUUCAGUCAAGACCUAUGUGGCUCAUUUCGUUAAAUCUGCAAAGGCCAUUACGAAUGUAAGUUCUGGAGACGAGGAAGAAGAAUCAGAUACUGAAUCAAAGAAAAAGUCCUCAUCUUCAUCCUCCUCUUCGUCAUCAUCCAACGAAAAGCUUGCAAUACCUCCACAAACAGCUAAGAAACUUUUAACUAGAAUUGAACUUAUGAAUGGCUUGUAUACCCAUGUUUAUCCACAUUGGGACGAAUGCAAAACCAAGUUCAGCUACCUCAAGUCCUCUGGUUUACCAAAAUGGUGGAAAUCAGGUCAACACGACAAGGAACUCGUUAGAGGUAUCAAGAAACAUGGUUUUGACUUUAAGAAGAUAUUCGAAGAUAAGGAUUUCAAGUUUGGAUCCAAGGAGCCUCCAAGAGACGGUCUUAUCAUUGGACGAAUUGAAGAAAUUGUUCAAUUAAGCAAGAAGAUUAGUGUUGUUGGCUCACCAACCAAAUCCAAGGGAUGGAAUUUCACACCAAAGAAGACUCACGUCACUCUCAAAUCUCCUCCUCUGGCAGAGAAGAAGGCUUCGUCGAGCAGUAGCGGUGGUAGUAGCAAACGCAAGAUCAAACGUCAAACAACUCUCUCUGAAUUUAAGCCAGUGGAAAAUCCAGAAGAUCCAAUCGAGGAGAGUAGCGACCAUGACGAAGAAAUGAAGGACGAAGCUACCGUUGCCUCCUCCUCCACUACCAAUUCGAAGGACUCGGCUGUUACUGCCUCAGCAUCUUCCUCAACCAUGAAAGAAGAAACCUCCAACAACAAGGAAACACCUACCAAGGAUUCCUCUACCCAUCUCAAGACAACACCAACCAAGGAACACGCAUCAACGGCCUCCUCCUCUUCGUCGUCACAAGAAACCUCCCAAAUGGCACCUUCCACAGCUGCAGAGGAAGAAGAUGUACUUAAAAAGAAGAUUCCAAAGAAGCCAGCCAAACAAAAGGAAGAACCCUCUCCUUCACUCAAACGAAAGAAGGAUGACAUUGGAAGUUCUCACCACAACAACUCAUACGGAGAUUCUGAUGAGGAACGAGAUUAUCACACUCCAAGAAAAGGCGAAUAUGAGCCCCAUGACAAGAAGAGAAAGACCUCAUCACCUGCGCCUUCAGAGCAUGAUUCGCGAGGCAAAUACUAUGGAAGUGGCAGUAGUAAUCAUGGCAGAGACAGUCGAGAUUACAGAGACAGCUAUGGCAGAGAUUCCGGAAGGGAUCACUACAAUCAUUCACCAAGUCAUCAUCACAGAGACCGUGAUGAUAGAAGGGACCGAGAUUCGAGAAGAGACAGUGGUUCAUAUCGAGACAGAGAUUACAGAGACUCGAGUCACAACAGCCACAGAGGAAGUAGCAGUAGGGACCAUCGAUAA